AUAGAAAAUACUCUUAAGCUCACGAAACUGUUAUACUAUGGUUUUAAAUUAAAUAACUUAUUGAAUUCCUACGUCAUACCAUUAUUUUGUUAAAAUUUUUAUAAAAAUGUCUCAUCGUAUACAUUCUAUGAUAUAAUAAUACGUUAUACUCCUUCAAAAUUAUUUUUAACUUGUAAUAUGAUUUCUAUCAUUUAUGAUAAAUAUUUAAUUAAUAUUCCUUUACAAUCUUAAAUAAAUAAAAAUAAUAUCAUGCUUAAUUUAAAUAAAUUAUUAUUAUUAAAAAGAUUUUAUCUUAUCAUUACAUUAAUAUUUUUACACUUGAUUUAAUGUAUUUGAUUAUUUAUAAUUGUCACGUGCAGUGCACUAUUCGGAUCCUUAUCCAAUCUUACACUGUGCAUCGGAUGAGUUGUUAACUACCCCUCUUCUGUCCGUACCUCAAUGAACUCAUCUAAAUCUAACAUAAAAUUCGCUGAAAGGGUAAAUCCGUCUUUGACAGACCCUGUUCAGUGGAGAUUAUUACUCUUUUCACAACCAAUCCAUGAGAGCCACGUGUCUUCCUGACGUCUAUAGCUACGCAGGUACGAUGACGUCAUCCCUCAACGUACUAACCAUCUCCGACUCGCCAUCCUUCCACAUCGAAACCCCAAACCAGUUCUUUACACGUGGCAUAAUCACAACCGUCGCGUUUCACACGCUCCAAGUUCGCGCGUGAGAAUACAAUUUCGUGUUGGAAGGGGUUGGAAUUUUCGUGCCAAGGUUCCUUUGAACUUCGGAGCAUGUGCAUAUGGCAACAACUUGGUUCCUCGUUUGUUUUUUUCUUCAUGAUAUAAGGUCUCUCCCACCAUAUAAUAUAUAUAGUUCAGCUCAGUGUCUGUGUGAGUGAGAGAGUGACAAGAAAACCUCGUAGCCAAACCAACAAGGGAGGUUCAAUCUUGUGAGGGAAUAAAAAUUUUCCAAAUUGGAACAUGGAUAAUCUUGGGUAUAGUCGUAGUAAGGCAAUUGAGGAACUUGUGAGAGGGCGUGAUAGUGCCAAACAACUUAUAAGUGUCAUCAAUGGAGGUUUUGAUGAUCGGUCAACAACCCCAUUUGCUGAACAACUUGUGAAGGAGGUUCUCAUGUCCUUUACCAACUCCCUCUUGUUUCUCAACAAUCCCACUUCUGAACCCCAUGAUGUCUCUGAUGUGCAUGUUUGGGACUCUUCCAAGUCUGAAGACUCUCAAGAGAGUAAUUGCAAGAGUUCCACAGUUAAGGAAAGAAGAGGGUGUUACAAGAGAAGAAGAACUGCACAAGCAUGGGAGAAGGAGUCUGAAACUCCAAUUGAUGAUGGGCAUCAUUGGAGAAAGUAUGGUCAAAAGGAGAUCCUGAAUACCAAAUACCCAAGGAACUACUAUAGGUGCACUCACAAAUUUGAUCAAUGUUGCCAAGCAACAAAACAGGUGCAAAGAGUUCAAGAGGAACCACCCCUUUACAAGACCACAUACUAUGGCCACCACACUUGCAAAAACUUUCUAAACCCUGAGAUCAUACUUGACCCUAUUUCCCCUUCUGGUUCUUCCAAGUUCCUUAGCUUUGACAGCACCUUUCCAACUCCAUCCCAACAAGAGUGCCCCUUUCUCUCAUCAGUGAAAAGAGAGUGCAAAGAGGAGGUUCCUCCCUCAUCUUCCUCCAAUGAUUACCUCUUCUCUUCUGAGCUCACUUUUGAUAAUUCACCAAGGCAUGUCACUCUUUCAUCAACCCUUGACUCAGAAUACAAGGGUGUGGAUCUUUCAGAUGUCUUGUAUGAUUCUGCUAGCCUUGAUGAUGUCUUCGAGCCCUUUCUUGAAUUUAGAUGAAUGCCUAUGUUUUGGUCUGUAAUUUUUCUUUUCUAUCAAGUUUACUCCACUGAAAGUAGUGCAAAUUGUGCAAUAUAUAGUACUUUUCUUAGAUAAAUUAUGUGGCUAGCUUGGGUUCCACGGAUGUAAAAUCUCUACUGUUGUCCAUUUUCAAUGAAUGAGAAAUGAUAAUAUUUAGAAUUAUUUCUCAUUAAUUUUACUUUAGUUUGUAAAUGGAAAAGUAUGCUUUAGUCAUAUUGAUUAAAGCAACAUGCACGAAAGUGCAUAGUACCUCUACCCAACGGGUGGAUGGAUCACUUGGAAAGUUUAAGGGUAGGUUCAAGCCAGACCUGUUGAGUUGCCUAUUCAUUAUAUGUUUUGUUGUUUUUGAAGACUGAGCUAUCCAACUAAAAAGAAAAAUAUUAUUCUCCCUCCAAUUUUUUUAAAAUAUUUUUUCAUCUCAUUUAUAAUUGAAUAACUCAUUAAAGAAAGACCAAAAAAGGUGAUGGAGAUGGCAUGUUUGUGAAUGUUUGAUAUCCAAUUUGCAUUGGGCAAAAUUUACAGGCUGUAAACCCCUAUGCUUAAUGAUUACUUAAUUAAGCACGCUUAUAAGGAUUGGGUUUGUAUAGAAAAUGAAAAGAAUAUACAUAUGCACCCCUAAACUGUCAUUACUAAAUCUUAUCCUCGUCUAUGCAUAUUCAGGAGAUACUUGAUGGUAAAAGUACAAAUUAUCCUCAUUGAAAGGAUACAUUUUAGAUAUGGCUGAAAGGAAAUUUGCACAUGGCCUUUCACUUGAAC